GGAGAUGGAGAACUGGCAGCCGUGGAGAAUUUCUUUGCAAAAUCCCUUGGGCCCUGGGAAUGAAAGGGCCUGGGGCACAUGGGGAGCAGAAGAGGCAUUCCUAACCCCCUGGCCACCUGGAAGGAGCCCCAUGAUCCCCAGCCUUCCCUGCAGGGUUCUGUCCCUCCAUCCAUCAUGGUUUCGGCUCUGCUUCCUGCACGGGAGAAAACGAAAGUGAAAGGCAGCCUGGCUGGCGGCACGGCUGUCUCCAGACUCCCCGCUUUCCUCCCUGGUUUCUUGCUUUUCUUCCCCUCUCUCCUCGUUCAGGAAUGCCAGGACCGUCUAUACACACACUUGAAAGAUGUCAUUGUCUGGGGUUCAUGCUAUGUCACAUGACUGAUCAGAUCAAAACGCAGUGGCUUUGUGGAUCCUGUAGCUGAUAGAUGCUGUCAUCUCAAUGCUGGGGUAGUGGCUUGGCUCUGUCUGGUGUCUGGAUUGAAUCUAAGGUAUCCAGAGUCCACUGAGGAUGGCUGGCAAACUGACUUGACCAGCUCUCCUAUUUGCAUAGCAUUUAUGUGAACAUGGGCUGGGACAGGAUAGGAUUUGUUAAACAAAAAUUUCAUAAAGAGACAUGAUGGCCUCUACCAUUCAACGAGUGCUGACAUUUGCUACACAUCCUACUUAUUUACUGCAUUCUACUUAUUACUAUAUUGGUGUCUUUAGUUUCAGAAACAUAAGUGAGAAUCAACAAUCUAAGAUUACACAACCAGGAAGUGACAUUUAAGUCACACACCCAGGGACUUAAAGCUGAAGUGAGAAUGCAUAUAUUUCCACUGCUACUUGGAGUAAACAUACCCUGGCACAAAGCUGACAUACACCAAGCCAGCAAGCACAGUGAUCAAGCUCAACAGAAAAACAACUGGACAAAGACCAUGCAGUGUAUUUUUCUUAUUAAAUAAGAAUUCUUUGAUUUUCUUAAAGCCAUCAACAACUGAUGGGAGGUCAGAAGACUGAACAUGCUGCUUCUGUUCAUACCACUGGCCCUAGCCAGAUAAUCCCAAUCGGCACUCCAAAAACUCCCAUCAAGUCCCAGAGAAGUUAAGCGUCCAUUUUUUUCAAAGAAAAGGCGCAAAGUUGUAGCCACAGGCAUUUACCAUCAUGGAGGCCACGGGUCACAGCCACCUCCAAGAGGAAUCCACUUCCUCCAGGACUGGGAAGGCCACAGAGGACGAUCUUCUGUUGAUUAAAGCUGUUCAAAAGCAAGACGUCCCCUGGAUCCAGCAACUGCUAGAAAGGGGGGCUGACGUCAACGUCUCGGAGGAGCAGGGCGGCUGGACCCCGCUGCACAACGCGGUGCAGCGCGGCAGGGUGGACAUCGCGGAGCUGCUGCUUCGCCACGGCGCCGACCCUCACGCGAGGAAGAAGAACGGGGCCACGCCCUUCAUCACCGCGGCCGUCCACGGCCACGUGCGGCUGCUGCAGCUCUUCCUGUCGGCCGGGGCCGACGUCAACGAGCGCGACGCCAAUGGCUUCACGGCCUUCAUGGAGGCCGCCGGGCACGGCCACGCGGACGCCUUGCGGUUCCUCUACGAGCACGGCGCGGACGUGAACCUGCGCCGAGAGGCCCGGGCCGAGCUGCGGCGGCUGGGGAAAGGGGGCGCCACGGCGCUCAUGGACGCGGCGGAGCAGGGCCACGUGGACGUGGUGAGGACCCUCCUGGACGACAUGCGGGCCGAAGUCAACGCGCGCGACAACAUGGGCAGGAGCGCCCUGGUCCACGCGCUGCUGCGCGCCCGCGACGACGACGGCGCCGCGGCCGCGGGCCUCCUGCUGCUGGACCGCGGGGCCGACGCGAGCGCGCGGGGCGAGGGCGGGGAGACGGCGCUGGCGCUGGCGGUGGAGAGCCGGCGCGCGGGCCUGGUGCGGCGGCUGCUGGGCCGCGAGGACGUCGAGCUCGACGCCGCCGACGGCCGGGGCCGCACGGCGCUGCUGCUGGCCGUGGAGCUGCGGCUGCCGGAGGUCGUCCGGCUGCUGUGCGAGGAGGGAGCGAGCACCGAGUGCGGGGACCUCGUGGGCAUCGCCAGGCGGAACUACGACCCCUCGCUGGCGGAGCUUCUCCUCCUGUACGGGGCUCCGGAGCACGUGGACGCCCCCGAGGAGGAGUGGACCCCUCGGAGCCCACGCUGGGGCCCGGCCCUGAGGAAGCUCCGCGGCAUCUACCGCCCCCUGAUCGGCAAGCUCAAGAUCUUCCUGGACCACGAGUUCAAAGUGGCCGACACGUCCGCCGGGGGCGUCUACCUGGGCUUCUACGAGGAGCGGGAGGUGGCCGUCAAGCUGUUCCGCGAGGGCAGCGCCCGCGCGCUCCGGGAGCUGUCCUGUCUGCGCAGCUGCGCGCACAGCGGCCACGCGGUGACGUUCCACGGCAGCGAGAGCCGCCGGGGCUGCGUGUACGUGUGCGUGGCCCUCUGCGAGCGGACGCUGCCCGAGCUCCUGCGGGCUGGCGCCCAGCAAGCCGCGGGGGGCGGGGAAGACAGGCUUUCGCGCAGGGUCCUGCUGUCCGUCUUCAAGGCUGUCGGGCACUUACACUUGACCUGCGGGUACACCCAUCAGGAUCUGCAGCCGUGCAACAUCUUAAUAGAUUCCAAGAAUGCUGUUCGCCUGGCAGAUUUUGAUCAUAGCCUCAAGUGGAUGGGAGAUCCACAAGAAGUCCAGAGAGAUUUGGAGGCCCUGGGACGGCUAGUCCUGUACGUGGUCAAGAAGGGUGAGAUCCCUUUUGAAACACUGAAAGCUCAAAAUAAUGAAGAGGUGAUUCGGCAUUCUCCAGAUGAGGAGACUCGAGACCUCAUUCAUCACCUGUUCUGUCCUGGGGAGAAUGUGAGGGAUUGUUUGAAUGACCUGCUGGGACAUCCCUUCUUUUGGACUUGGGAGAACCGCUACAGGACACUUCAGGAUGUGGGAAAUGAAUCUGACAUCAAAUGCCGAAAAGCUGAAAGUAAUCUCCUUCAACUACUGCAACCUGAGACAUCGAAUACUUCUAGAAGUUUUGAUUUAUGGACGUCUAAGAUUGACAAAUAUGUUAUGGGCAAAAUGAAUGCUUUCUAUAAGAAAGGAAAGAGAUAUAAGAACACUGUGGGGGAUCUGCUAAAGUUCAUUCGGAACAUAGGACAACAUAUUGAUGAGGAAGUAAAUCAAAACUUAAAGGAGAGAAUUGGAGAUCCUUCUUGUUAUUUUCAGAAGACAUUUCCAGACCUGGUGAUCUAUGUCUAUAAGAAACUAAAGGACACAGAGUAUCAAAAACAUUUCCCUCAAUCCCCACCAAGCCUCAGUGUGCUGGAGGUGGCUGAGCCAGUGGACCCUGAGUGACGACGGAGACAAGUUAAGGAACCCUUUAUUAUUGGCUGUGUAGCCCUUGGCAAGUCGCAACUCUCUGGGACUUCUGGGUAACCUGGUUGCUUGAGAGGGCUGAGUUGGGUAGUUGACUUGAUAGUUUCUGGCACAGUAAGUUUGACACAUUUAUACAAAAGCAGUAUGUGUCCAAACUAUGCUAGUCCAUUUUAGUGGGGAAAGCUAAGUGGCAGGAACUAUAUCAAAGGACAGAGUGCCGAGACUCCAAAGGCCAUAGGCUUUACAACAAUUAUCUCAUUUAAUUCUCCAAAUGAUUUGCAAAACAGAACUGACCCUCAUUUAAGAACGAGAGGCUCAGAGAGUUUGAAUGACUUGACUAAGACCACACAGACUUGUACAGAGCAUUGCAUAAAUGGGUGAGGUAAGGCUGGGUGUGGUGGUGCAUGCCUUUAAGCCCAGCACUAGGGAGGCAGAGGUAGGAGGAUCACCACGAGUUCUAGGCUACCCUGAGACUACAUAGUGAAUUCCAGGUUAGCCUGAGCUAGAGUGAAACCCUACCUCGAAAAACCAAAAUAAAUAAAUAAAUAAAAUAAAAAUAAAUAAAUGGGUGAGGUGAUGGUGAUAUCUAAUAUGGAAAUUUAAAAAAUUUAAUUAGCAUUCCUUGUCUCCUCUGGCUGAAACGCAGAAAGACUAUGCUGGGCUGGAGAGAUGGCUUAGCGGUUAAGCGCUUGCCUGUAAAGCCUAAGGACCUCAGUUCGAGGCUCAGUUCCCCAGGACCCACGUUAGCCAGAUGCACAAAGGGGUGCACACAU